CUCCUCCUCGCCGCCGCCAUAAGAUCUGAGCGAGCGAGCUCCUGCUGCUGUAUAGGUCUGGGGGUUAGGGUUCCGGCUUGGCGGGUGCUGAGGCGGCGUCCAUGGCGGGCCCCAAGUUCGGGUCCUUCAAGUCGGAGAGCAAGGGGGACUCCGCGGCGGCGGCCGGCGCGGCGGCGCAGAGGAGGGACCCGUACGAGGUGCUCGGGGUGGGCCGCAAUGCCACGGAGCAGGAGAUUAAGAGCGCCUUCCGCCGCAUGGCCCUCAAGUACCAUCCAGAUAAGAACGCAGAUGACCCUGUGGCCUCGGAGAAGUUCCAGGAAGCCACAUUCUCCUACAACAUCCUGUCAGAUCCAGAUAAAAGGCGGCAGUAUGAUUCCUCCGGUUUCGAGGCCAUCGAAGCAGAUAGUCAUGAACUGGAGCUCGACCUAUCGAGUCUCAACACUGUAAAUACGAUGUUUGCAGCUCUUUUUAGCAAGCUAGGGGUACCAAUUAAGACCACAGUUUCAGCAACAGUUUUAGAGGAGGCGUUGAAUGGGUCGGUGGAGAUUUCUCAGCUUCAUCUGGGCAAAUCCGUGUGCAAGAAGGUGGAGAAACAAACAGCUCAUUUUUAUUCAGUCGACAUAACAGAGGAAGAAGCCAAAUUGGGGUUAGUGUGUAGGGUCCGUUCAACUUCGAAAAGUAAAUUCAAGUUGCUCUAUUUUGAACCUGAAGAAAACGGUGGGUUAAGCCUUGCUUUACAGGAAGAUAGUGCAAAGACCGGGAAAGUUACUUCUGCUGGGAUGUUCUUUCUUGGCUUUCCUGUGUACCGUUUUGAACAUACUAAUUCAGCUGCUGCUGCAAAAGAUCCUGAUAGUGCAUUCUUUAAGAGAUUGGAUGGCUUUCAACCAUGUGAAGUUAAUGAACUGAAAGAAGGGACCCAUUAUUUUGCUGUUUAUGGCGAUAAUUUCUUCAAAAGUGCAACCUACACCGUAGAGGUUGUAUGUGCCAAACCCUUUACCGCUGAGAAGGAGAAGCUACGAAGCGUGGAGGCAAAGAUACUUGCAAAGCGGUCUGAGCUGUCUAAAUUUGAGUCAGAGUAUAGGGAGGUUUUGGCAAAGUUCACUGAGAUGACCAGCAGAUAUGCUCAAGAAAUGCAAACGAUCGAUGAGCUUCUCAACGAAAGGAAUGCAAUCCAUGCAUCCUACACCAACAGCCCAACUCUAAAGCGGAGUUCCAGUGGCGGCAAAGAGAGGCCAUCCUCUAAAGGGUCCAAAACUGAUGAUGAACACAGUGCGAAAAAAGAGAAGAAAUCGAAGAGUCCGGCGAUGGAGGCACCAGUGAGUGAUGAAGAGGGCCCUAAAAAGGAAAAGAAAGCUAAAGAGCGCGUUCGCAGGAAGAAAUGGUUCAGCAUCCAUCACUUGAAAGUUGACAAGAGAAGACCCUGCUGAAAGACGUAAUGUACUACAACCUGGUACUCACAGGAUAUGGCAAGGAUCUCGUUUUGACCUCCCGAAGGGCACGCGCUUGCUCUUAUCUUUUCUCCUUGUACCGUACGGAAUUGUUUCCUGAAAAUUCAGGAAUCUGGGCAGAUUUGGAAAUGUUGUAAAGAAAUGUAUGCGUAGCAUUUUGUUAGGUGAUUGCUGGUGCUGCAUCUGUCCUCUCUGAAUUUAGAGGGUUAUUGUUGUUUGUAUACAGCCUUAAGAACAUGUAAUGUUAAAGACUACGGCAGAAUCCAGUGUUACAUUCAUUCA